UGGGUCGCCAGGUGCUCGCAGAGACCCGGAGCCUUUCGGACAACCAGGAAGGCGACGGUCAUGAAGAACGAGGUGACAUAAUACGGCUUCAGCAACCAUUUGUAAAUCUGAGGUUAUGGGCUUAGCGACUCGCCGUAGUUUUGGCGGGUAUUGCAAAACGUAAACACACGGAGCUGGAAAAUGGAGCAAAGCAAAGUAGCGACACAAAAGGAGUCUGUAAAUAACACAAGUGUGAAAGACAACACAGGAGAACAGACUAAUAUAGCCAAAGGAGAUGUCUCAUCGAAACCUGGAUCAGUCAGUAAGCCGUCCGAGGAGACUGAAGCUCGGUAUAACCGGUUGAAGUUGUUCGACAAAGUGAUGCAGAAGAGCCUGGAGAAGUUCAUCGAUCACGCCAGUUUUAACAGAUUUGCCAGCACAUUUCGUCCGCUGUACAAGAAGAACCCUCAGAGGAUGGAGAACAUUCACAAGCAGUUCAUUGAGGAGUUGCGGAGGACUGUACAGGACGACAUCAGCAGAUUAAUUGAAGAAGGCCGGUUGGAUUUCAAACUGAAUGAGCUGGACAAACUGGAGCGUGCUGCCAAGAACAAUCCAAACGACGCAUGGAGGCCGAGUGGGGUUCCCGAGCAGGACUUUUGCAGCUUUUUGAUGCCAUACUAUCAAAAGCAGGAGGCCUACAUGAAACUGGAGCUGAAAAAGAUUCAAGCAGAGAACGCUGCCCUCGCACAGAAGGUUCAGGCUGGUAGAGAAAGUAUUGCUCAGGCCGAACAUCGUAUUUCUACAGCUGUGGAAGAGUGGAAGGCAUCAGUCACAGAGUUUGAAAGGCUGUCAUCUUCUCUCUGCCCUGCUGAUGUCAUUGAUGUGUGAUCUUCAAACGAUUUGAUAUAAACUAAAUUAACUGUAUAUAUUCUGUUUACAAUGCCCGUGUGUCUGAAAAUAAACUUGAAAUCUUGGAAAUAA